AGGAAGGAGGAGGGGAACAUGGAGUGGUGAAAUAUGCUGAUCCAAAAACGAAGGCGAGUAAAUUCCAAGCUGAACAGAGAGAUGGAUUGUGAAUCGGCGACAAGGGAUGACGACGAGUCACUUCUUGGGAAGAUAAAAGCCAAAAGCAAACCAGCUCCUCCUAGUUUCUCUGAGUCGUACGGCACCUGUUUCAAGCGAUGAAUUUACUGAUGGAGAUAAACCUCCAGCUUCCUCCUUCGUUUCUCUGAACAACCAAUCCAACAAUUUCACUUCAAUCCUUGCGGAUACACUCAUGGAGAAUAGUCGGGGAGGAGGAAGAGGGAUGGCGGCGUUUUCGUCCUCGGCGGAAAGCAAUACCAGGGCUCGUCCGAGCAAUACAGCUAGCACCGACAACAGAGCUGCGGCACUUGUGCAAUACAAUGCUGAUGCUGGGCUUUUGAACAAGUUUGAGCAAUCGGAUGCCUCUGGUGAGUCUUUUAACUAUUCGAGAUCAGUUCUUGAAGCUCCACAGUCUGUACCUGAAGAACAAAUUACUGCUUAUCUGUCUAAGAUUCAGAGGGGUGGAAUGGUUCAGCCGUUUGGUUGUUUGCUUGCGAUUGAAGAAUCUAGUCUUAAGAUUAUUAGCUAUAGUGAGAAUUGUUUUGAAUUAUUGGGGAUAAAUGAUCAGUUUGAGUCGGCACCGGGGAAGGGUCUAAUUGGGGUUCAUAUAAGAGCUCUGUUUACGCCUUCCUCCGGUGCUUCUUUGGCUAAAGCGGCUUCAUCCAGGGAGAUUUCGCUGUUGAAUCCUGUUUGGGUUUAUUCUAGGAAUACCCAGAAGCCAUUUUAUGCCAUACUGCAUAGGAUUGAUGUGGGGAUUGUAAUUGAUUUGGAGCCUGCACGGUCUGUUGAUCCUGCACUGUCGCUUGCCGGCGCCGUGCAUUCGCAGAAACUUGCGGUUCGAGCCAUUUCCAGGUUGCAGGCUCUACCUGGUGGUGAUAUUGGUGUUUUAUGUGAUACGGUUGUGGAAGAUGUUCAGAAGCUUACAGGGUAUGAUAGAGUGAUGGUGUAUAAGUUCCAUGAUGAUGAACAUGGUGAAGUAGUGUCAGAAAUCAGAAGGUCGGACUUGGAGCCAUAUCUCGGUUUGCACUAUCCUGCCAUUGAUAUACCCCAAGCUGCUCGUUUCUUGUUCAAGCAGAACCGCGUUAGGAUGAUUUGCGAUUGCCACGCGAAGCCUGUGCAGGUCAUUCAAAGUGAUGAGCUAAAGCAGCCUCUUUGUUUGGUUAAUUCAACACUUCGAUCACCACAUAGUUGUCAUUUGCAGUACAUGGCAAAUAUGGGUUCCAUAGCCUCAUUGGCAAUGGCAGUAAUCAUGAACAGUGAUGACUCUCCAACAAGGUUAUGGGGCCUGGUAGUGUGCCACCAUACUUCACCACGAUAUGUCCCUUUCCCACUUCGUUAUGCUUGCGAGUUUCUCAUGCAGGCUUUCGGGCUGCAACUUUAUAUGGAGCUUCAAUUGGCAUUACAAAUAACAGAGAAAAAGGUUCUCAAGACACAAACCUUACUCUGUGACAUGCUCCUCCGAGGCUCCCCUUAUGCAUUGCUGACCCAGUCACCUAGUAUAAAGGAUCUCGUGAAGUGUGAUGGCGCUGCAUUGUACUAUCAGGGGGCAUGCUGUCUACUAGGUGUAACUCCAACUGAAGCCCAAGUUAAAAACCUUGUCGAGUGGAUACUCAAUAACCAUGGAGAUUCUACAGGACUGAGCACGGAUAGCUUGGCUGAUGCUGGCUAUCCCGAAGCUGCUUCACUAGGUGAUGCAAUAUGUGGUAUGACUGCUGCAAGAAUUAGUUCAAAAGAUUUCUUAUUCUGGUUCCGUUCCCAUGCCGCAAAAGAAAUCCAAUGGGGAGGAGCCAAGCAUCAUCCAGAUGAUAAGGAUGAUGGUGGAAGAAUGCACCCAAGGUCAUCAUUUAAAGCAUUUCUUGAAGUUGCAAAGAGUAAAAGUAUGUCAUGGGAAGCUCAAGAAAUAAAUGCCAUUCACUCAUUGCAGCUUAUUAUGAGGGAGUCUUUCUCGAGCGCUAGAGACAGUGAUUCGAAGGCAGAAAUGUCUGUCCAGCAGAGUGAUACUGUGUCUCAGGACAUCGGCGAACUCAGUUCAGUAGCUUGUGAAAUGGUUAGAUUAAUUGAAACAGCAACCGCUCCAAUUUUUGGGGUUGACUCAACUGGUGUGAUCAAUGGAUGGAAUGCUAAAAUAGCUGAACUCGUAGGAUUACAAACUGGAGAAGCUUUGGGGAGAUCUCUGGAUGAAAUCGUUCAUGACGAUUCACGUGGAACUGUUGGAAAUUUAGUUCUUCAUGCUCUGCAAGGUGUGGAAGACAAAAAUGUGGAGUUAAAACUGAGAAAGUUUGGAACUGAUAAAGAAAACUCUGCUGUGUAUAUUGUAGUUAAUGCUUGCACAAGUAGGAAUUACACAAAUAAAGUUAUUGGGGUUUGCUUUGUUGGGCAAGAUAUAACGUCGGAGAAGGGCAUGAGGGAUAGAUUUAUCCGUCUGCAGGGAGAUUAUAGGACAAUUAUUGAAAGUCUGAGUCCAUUGAUUCCACCAAUUUUCGUUUCGGACGAGAAUGGUUACUGCUGUGAAUGGACUGCUGCCAUGGAGAAGCUUUCUGGUUGGAGUAAAGAUGAAGUUAUAGGAAAAAUGCUUGUAGGGGAGAUUUUUGGGAACUUCUGUAGGUUGAAAGAUCUAGAUACCCUCACUAGGUUUAUGAUCCUAUUAUAUCAAGGCAUUGGUGGUGAACAAACUGAGAAGUUUCCAUUAGGAUUUUUCAAUAAGAAUGGUAACUAUAUGGAGGUGCUUUUAACAUCAAACAAAAGGACUGAUGCAGAAGGAAAUGUCAUUGGUUGUAUCUGUUUCCUGCAAGUUGUUGAGCCAAACUUGCAAGGGGUCUCUGAAGGACUCGGCCUGGGCGAAAGACGGGGCAAUUUGCAGCUUAAGGAGUUGACUUACUUAAAGCGGGAGAUGAAAAAUCCUUUAAAUGGCAUCAAAUUUACUCAUGAACUCCUUGUAAAUUCUGGCAUUACAGACAACCAGAAACUCUUCCUUGUUACUAGUGAUGCGUGCGAGAGACAGAUCAUGGCGAUCAUUGAGGAUAUGGACUUCAGAAGUUUAGAAGUGGGCCAAGUACAGAUAAACAGAGACGAGUUUGUCCUCGGGAGUGUUCUGGAUGCAAUUAUCUGUCAAAUCAUGAUUGUUGUCAGAGAGAAGAACAUACAACUUUUUCAUGAAAUUCCAGAAGAAAUCAAAGUGUUAACUCUUUGUGGCGAUCAAAUUAAACUUCAGCUGGUUUUAUCAGAUUUCUUACUUAGCGUAGUGCAGAACACGCCUGCUCUGGACGGUUGGGUUGAAAUCAAAAUUUCAGCUGGUUUGAAGCUUAUACAAGAUGGAAAUGAACAUAUUCACUUGCAGAUCAGAAUGUCACAUCCAGGUCAAGGUCUGCCUCCUGAACUAAUCCAAGAUAUGGUUGGAGGAGGACAACAGUGGAGUUCAGAGCAAGGCCUCGCCCUAAAUCUGUCACGCAGACUUCUCAAUAAAUUGAACGGUAAUGUCUGCUACGUUAGAGAGCAAACUAAAUGCUACUUCCUCAUUGAUCUCGAACUCAAGUUAAGGCGCUCGAGGGGGUCGCUGGAAGCCACUACAAGCCAAAGGACUUGAGUAUCCUUUCACUUCAAAUCAUAUCAAGAAAACAUGUUCAUAUCAAGAGCAGCAUUGGACAGUGCUGAAAUCCAGCAGAGUCCCAGCACAUUCAUGUCACCUUGCAUACAACCAGUCCUACACACGUUGCGAUGCUAAGCGUGAUUUCGUGUUAGAUUGUAUUCGAUUUGACGAGUCGGAUGUAGGUAGCCCUGUCUGCAUUUUUGGUUGCCGUUGCUGGUGCAUGUUUCAGCAAUGUGGCGAUGUAUAUGAAACAUGCGGUUUUGUUCUGUUUUGUUAUGGACGUGAAAGCCAUAUAUUGUAAUAUUUGAGAACUGUGCUUAUUUUGACAUAUCGAGGGCCAACCCAUUUCUCCUUUUGCUUAAUGGGGUUUUGAUUA